UUCGGACAUGGCCGCUGUAUCGGCAAUACAACACCUGCAAUGUUUUGUAUACUCAUAUUCAUUUUUUAUAAUGAAUAAAGAGUUUUUUACAUAUAAGUAGUGAUUAGAGGAUUGUGUAUAGUGCUGUGAUAUUUGUAAUGGAUGCAGAUAGCGAAAACGAAAAAAAAAGAAUCCGUGAUGCAAUUCAGAUGAUAGAGACCAUUCAGUCGAUGAUAGACGUUUCAGCAGACAGGCUCGAGGGCUUGAGAACACAAUGUUCAACGAGUGCGGAGCUGACGCAGCAGGAGAUCCGGACACUGGAGGGAAAGCUGGUGAAGCAUUUCUCGCGACAGCUGGUGAUCAAGGCCCAGUUCGUGGAGGAGAUCCAACGAGAGCUCGGACAUGUGCCGAGUUUGAGACAGUGGCUGAGAGUUGUAGGGCUCAGUGUUGAUGCUAUAGAGUCGGUGUUAUCUCGUGUGUCAUCUCUGGAACUGCUCCGUGAUCGCUCAGAACAUGAGCUGCGAGCGAUGCUGUGUGGGGCCAGGGACGAGGAAGUCCGCAGGCUCUGUAGAGCAAUGCAAAGACUCAGGACAUAUACAGAGGCUUUGGCGCGUGGCGAAGGAUCCGCGGAACUGCCCCUAUAUUGGGACUCGUGGGAGAGACACGUGCGAGGCUCACCCAGGGCCAGGGACGACAGGAACAACGAUAAUAAGAAGGGCGGUAAAUCUCCCACGACGCCCAUCAACAAACGCAAGCAGAACUCUCACCUGCCCGCACCACCAGCUCAACCCUCGUCACUCACCAAGUCCAGGUCACAUGAGUCCCAGCUGUCUGUGAAGCCGGAUACAUCGGACCACAGUGAUAACAGUCAGUCUUCGGCCGCCGUGUGUGAGGUGUCGGAGUCGCCCCCGGGCUCCCCUAGAGACCCCGACCCCGACCCACCGCCUCGAUACUACACCAACACGAUUCCCCCUCCCGCGCCCCGCUCGCCCCGCACGCCCACCGUGAGCGGCUGUAUGGCCCACGACAUCGCCCACCGGUUCACCAAGACCUUCAACAUGAUAGCCACCUGCGACUACUGUGACAAGCAGAUGCUCUUCGGCAGCGGCUUGAAGUGUAAAGAGUGCAAGUUCAAAUGUCAUAGGGAUUGUGAGAGUAAGGUUCCUCCAUCGUGCGGUCUGCCUCCAGAGUUCGUGACUGCCUUCAAAGAAAAAUUUCACAAAGACGGUGGUCUGUACCUGACGUCCGUGUCGUCAGGCCGCACGCUGAUACCCUCACUGACUCCUCUCAGACGCCGACCGCCGCCCACCGCCCAUCAUCAUGCGGUAAGGCUGUCUCACACUAUGAUAAAUGAAUCUGUAUAUGAUAUGGCCUCUAUAUCUAUUGUAUGCUUAGGGCUCGCGUCUUCCACAUCGGCGAGACAGGGUUUCGGUAAUGCCUUAGAAGUAAUAUUUAUAUACUAUGAUGUUCGGAGGUCUAUAAAACAAAACUAUGAAAAGUACAGCUUUCAAAUUCAAGGUAACCCGGAUUCAUCAUCGAACACGUCCUCGUGUAACAGCUCCACCCCGUCCUCCCCCGCGCUGGCCGCCCCCGCGCCCGCGCCCGCCACGCCGCAGGCACACCACCACCACCACCAUAUAACACUCAAACAGCAGUUCCACUUCCCUGAUGUGAAGCCGGCCGUGUCCAGCCCCAGCCACACGUCCGCGGUGCAGUCCCCGGCGCGCUCGCUCGUUGAUAAAGACGAGCUCACAGCCAGCAUCAAAAGCGUACUUGUGUGUUCAGAGAUGUCGACACGGUCGGUGGGGACGCCGGUGGAGCGACACGACUCACGACACGACCAGCGACACGACUCCCGACACGACGCUUCCGACCGGUGGCCGAGGCAGAACAGUUUGUCCAUGAAGGAGUGGGACAUACCUUACGACGAGCUCAAGCUGUUCGAGGUGAUAGGAACAGGUCGCUUCGGGACGGUCUACAGGGGCAGCUGGCACGGAGCGGUCGCCGUGAAGCUGCUGCACGUGAACGCUCUCAGCGACCACACCGCGCCUCUGGACACCUUCAAGCACGAGGUGGCGACCUUCAGGAAGACUCGCCACGAGAACCUGGUGCUGUUCAUGGGCGCGUGUAUGAAGCCACCUCGCCUGGCCAUCGUGACGUCACUGUGUAAGGGCAUGACGCUGUACACACACAUCCACCUCAGGAAGGACAAGUUCACCGCCAACAAGAGCGUCAUCGUCGCACAGCAGAUAUCACAGGGCAUGGGUUACUUGCACGCUCGGGGCAUCGUGCACAAGGAUCUGAAGACGAAGAAUAUAUUCUUGGAGAAUGGAAAAGUCGUCAUCACAGACUUCGGACUGUUCAGCGUCACCAAGCUGUGUUUCGGCAACAACGCCCGUGGCGACAGCCUCGGUAUCCCUCCGGGCUGGUUGUGUUACCUGGCCCCGGAGCUGCACCGCGCUCUGAGACCCAUUGCCAGCCUUCACCUGCCAUUCUCCAAGGCCACAGACGUCUACGCCUUCGGCACUGUAUGGUACGAGCUGCUGUGCGGUGAAUAUCCCUUCAAGGGCCAGCCUCCUGAGGCGGUCAUCUGGCAGGUCGGCAAGGGAGUGAAGCAGUCCUUGAACAACAUGCAAGCCUCUAGAGAUAUCAAAGACAUCCUUAUGCUGUGCUGGGCUUACCGAUCAAGUGAGCGGCCAGACUUUCCGCACUUGUUGUCAACUCUGGAGAAGCUGCCAAGGAAGAGACUGGCUCGCUCGCCCUCACAUCCUGUUCAUCUGUCACGAUCAGCUGACUCAGUGUUCUGAGACAUGGUGUGCUGUAAUGUACUUCAUCAGAGGCACCGGCUCGUGCAUCCCUCUGUGAUUUACUUAACCUGUGCGACCCCAGUGAUCUUAUGGAUACUUUUUAGACGUCUGUGUCUGUCACAAAAUCGUUUAUUCCUAUCAUUUCAGGAGUCGCCCUGCCUAAGUCCCAGAGUGACAGUGUGAUUGUAUUGCGAGAUAAUUUAAACGUAACCCACUCAAGAUUCUGUGAAGCUAGUUGAUAGUUGUUUGUUUUUAUUUCUGGCUGCAAUCAAACAUAGUGAACGAUUUAUACAUUGAACAUUGUAUUGAUUAGAGAGAAACCGUGGAUCAUGCUAGUAUUUCAAUAAAAUAGAUUUAAUAGCUAUCAUUAGAUUAUCAGGGACUUCAAUUAAUAUUCAAAAAGUUUAAUUCUCCUCUGAAAACUAUUCAAUAAUUAUAAGAGUUAUUUAUAAAAAUGCUAACGGAAGAGAAAAUACAGAGAAACGGUCAAUUGAAAGAUCUUACCUAUCUUAAUGAUGUUUUUUCGGAGAGCAGUUAUUUACUAUUGCUAUACUAUAAGUAACAGACGGGUAAACUGUAUACUUAGAAGAAAUUUAAAUAUAAAAGGCACUUUAUUAUAAGAAGCCUGCGCUACGUUUACACUUGAUCCAGAAGAGGUACAUUCUUAACUUUGAACUGUAAGUCUUAAGAGAGAAACUUGUGGUAAUAUUCAAGAGCGUUUUUAUAAUAAAACUAAGUAAGUAAUUCACAAUAUUAUUAUUUAAUUUGAAAAAAUCAUAAUAUAUUAAUAAUAUGAACUGAUAUUGAUUUUGUAUGCAUGCAAUUAUUACUCUGCCUGUAACCAGAUGAAUGUUUUGUGGUGUGUCACAUCUGUGCCAGGUGUGAAGGUAGCCGGGCCGUGAUCUCCUGAUUGUCUAUAGAUUAUAUUAUAUUUUCAUAUAUAAAAUAAAUUCGACUGUUCAUAAUGUAAAUAUUGUAUAGAGUCAACACUGUGAUGUGUAAAUAUCGAUGUCACCGUAACCGUUCUAGUAUCAACCUUAUUUAUUACACCAGUAUUCUAACGAGCAGUGUUUUAUUUGUUACGUGUAUAGUUUAAAAAUUGUUUGAAUUUGAUCAAUAGCAAGUAGUCAUUUAACACAUUAAUAAAUUAUGAUGUAUUGAUAACCGAUUUAUUUCUAUUGUAUAGAAAUGAUUUUAAUUUUCUCUGUAUAUAAUUAAUGAUUUAUCCGUUGUGUGUAAAUAACACUAGAUAUGUUUGCCGUUGAAAUAAACUUUAAGAUUAUCUGAUCUAAAUCAUUGCUGUAAAUCACGACUGAGCUAGAUAUCAUAAUGUAUAGAACUUGUAUUAUAUAGUAAUAAAUUAAAAACAAAAUGUACAUAAAGAGACAUUCCUUCGUAGUUCUGUCAAACAUUAUAGCUAUUUUGUACAUAGUCCUGAAUUAGUUUUAAAAACGAAAUUCUAAAUAUCGAUAUAAAUUUUUUCCACGAUAUCUUCCGCGGUUGCAGUAAGUUAAAAACUACAGUUCUCAUUAUAACUAGUAUCUGUUAGAGUAUUAAACUGAAGUACUUUUCUUAGAACUAUAAUCAGGGGAUGUUGAAUUUCUCCGGAGAGGCUUGCGGUGAGGUCCACUUAGACUGAUUUACUAUAUUGGAGUUAACAUUGACCGUACAGAAUAUUAACAUUAAUUUCAAUGAGGAACUCAAGAAGUAUGUUUUUGCUGGACGUAUCUGUUAUUCCUUUUGUUAUCAUAUAAUUUAUUUUACUUGAUGCAUGGAUUUUAGUCUCGGGUCUUGUGAAUCAUAUAAAUUUAAUAUUAAAAUAGAUUUAACCUAAGCUAGUUAUUUUAUUGUUUAGGUAAUAAUUUCUGAAUUUAAUAACUGAAAUUUAUUCUGGUCAGUAAAGUCCUAUUGUAUGAGUUAUAUGAUGACACUACUAACUGCCACUGUAUAUUGUACAUAGCGAGUGUGGCUUGUUGAUUUAAUUUUAUUUUUUCCUAUUUAUUUGAACGGUGAACGGCACAAGUUUAUUGCAUUGGCUUGAGGAAAUGAAGCACAUGAUAUCAUAAUUCUAAAUUGUACAUAUUCUUUUAAAAAAUUUGGCAAAUACAAAAAUGCUGUCUUAACAUAAAAAGUAUUACUGCUAAAACAUUUAGAUUGCGAUUUGAAAUUGAAUAAAAUGGAGAAACUA